AUGGCAGCGUUGGUCAGUUACGGAAGUAGUGAUGAGGAGGAUAAUUUAAAUGGGGGCACUGAUCAAAAUGUCGAUGAGGGAGUACAUGCUUCAACAUCCUAUGGUUGGAAUGGUAUUCGAGAUGAAAUACACCAGGAAAAAGAGGCGCUAGAGAAGAAAGAAUCUAGCAAACAUCACGAACCUCUAACGCGUCAAGCCGAGCCUGAUGUGCCCCAAGAUGCGCCCGUCUUAGGCCCUACUAUUCCAACAGAUAUGGCUGGUGGGCUACCGGAGCUUAUGGAUGAUGAUCAGGAACCUCGAACCGCGCCACAAUCUCCCUACUCCGCAAACCGAGCUCUGCUGAGAGAUCUCACAUUACCAACGACUCCUAAUUACGAUAUUCCUGCCUCCCCACCAGGUUCCCCUGUUGCGAGUACCAAUGCGAAGUUCAAACAUUUUCUCGAGUUGAAGAGGCAGGGCGUCCAUUUCAAUGAGAAGCUUGCCAGGUCAUCGGCUGUUAAGAAUCCAAGCCUAAUGCAAAAGCUCAUGGAUUUUUCAGACAUCGACGAAGUUGGGCAGUAUUCAACAACUUUGUCCAAGGAUAUAUGGGAUCCGGUGGCCUUUCCCGAGUACGCAUACAAAGAGGAACUUGCGAAGAGCCAGCAGAAGAUCCUGAAGCGCAAGGAGGAAGAGAAGACUGGAGGGAGAAGAGAAACUGUGGAUUUCGUGUCGUCAUCUAUAUCUGGAGAAUCGCUUAGUCGGAGUGUCACACCUGGGAUCGGAGGGAAGCCGAGUCAAAAAAGUGCAGCGGAGAGGGUAAUGGCAGGGCUUGCCUCUGACCGAGGCGCUUCAAGUUCGCCACAAGUUCAAGGCAUCAAGCGCAAAAGCAGAUUUGAUAGUUGA